AUGGCGGAAUCGUCGUCAUCCGAUACGUUGGGCCCGUUGGCCGUGCAGCCCCAGUCCGAGACCACGGCGUUGCUACCGAAGCCUCCGGCGUCCGCCCCUGAUGGAUCCUACCCUAUCCGGCGAUGGCUAGCCGAAAUUCUGCUCCUCGGCAAAGCCGCUAUUCCCGUCAUCCUCGCGUACACGCUGCAGAACAGCCUGCAGACCCUCAGCGUGCUCAUUGUUGGUAGACUGAGCCCCGAGGCCCUCGCGACUGCCGCGUUCAGUUACAUGUUCGCCAUGGCAACAGCUUGGCUCAUAGCUCUGGGCGGGACAACGGCCCUCGACACGCUUGCAUCAAGUAGCUUCACUGGAUCUUCGAACAAGCACGACCUGGGCAUACUGUUGCAGAGAGGCAUGAUCGUCUUAUCGGCAUUCUACGCCGUUGUGGCAGUGCUGUGGUGGUUCUCUGAGCCGGUGUUCCGAGCAUUGGGUCAAGAGGAAUUCAUUUGUGUGCAGAGCUCGGUAUUCUUGCGAUGGCUGAUCCCGGGCGGGUUGGGGUAUGUGUGGUUUGAAGCAAUGAAGAAGUACUUGCAGGCGCAGGCCAUCUAUCGUCCGGGCACCUACGUGCUCCUCAUUACGUCGCCAUUGAAUGCAGGGCUCAAUUAUCUUUUCAUCCACACCUUCGGUCUCGGCCUGUAUGGGGCUCCCAUCGCCACAGGCAUCUCGUACUGGGUUUCUUUCAUGCUCCUCGUGGCGUACGCCGUCUUCGUCCGAGGCAAAGAGUGUUGGGGCGGAUUGGAGUUGCGUAAAGCUGUAAGAAACAUUGGGCCCUUCGCCAAAUUGGCUGUUAUGGGCGUCGUCCACGUCGGCACUGAAUGGUGGGCUUUUGAGAUCGUCGCUCUGGCGGCUGGAAGACUUGGUACGAUCCCACUGGCAGCACAGUCAGUCAUCAUGACUGCGGAUCAAAUCAUCAACACCAUCCCCUUUGGUCUCGGCGUGGCAGCGUCGGCAAGACUAGGGAACUUGUUGGGUGCGCAGCGACCGCGGGAUGCAGCAAUAGCAGCCCAUUCGGCGGCGAUUCUCUCGGUGUUGCUCGGAACCAUCGUUCUCACGGUUCUCAUGGCAACGAAGGAUGUGUUUGGAAAGAUUUUCAACGACGAUGAGCGCGUGAUCCGGCUCGUGGGCGAAGUGAUGCCGUACGUUGCUUUGUUCCAGAUAGCAGACGGAUUAAACGGAUCGUGUGGUGGUGCGCUUCGAGGUAUGGGCCGCCAGUGGGUUGGGGCUGUUGUGAAUCUUAUCAGCUAUUACGGCGGAGCUCUCCCGGCCGGGAUCUACCUUGCCUUCAACGGAUGGGGCCUCGCGGGGUUGUGGGUUGGACAAUGCGUCGCCCUGUACUUGGUCGGAGCGCUGGAAUGGGUCAUUGUUGGGUUCAGCAAAUGGGACAAUGAGUGCCAGCGGGCUCUGGAUCGGCUGGACGACACCAGCAGCGAUAGUGAAGGUGAAGAAGCAGUUAGGACGACCGGUAGCUUGGUCUAG